AUGGAACAGGGCCUUGCUACAGCCUUAAUUGAACAAGAACGCGCUGAAAUUCAGAACAUGCUUAUCAUUCGAUGCUGGUCCUUGAACAGAUUAGACAGACUUUACGAUCUGGCUCGUCGAGAGGCUGAAGAAGGGAGCAUAUCUUGUAUAGUCAACCCUGCUUUUGAUCCAUCACUACCUGCAAGUCAACGUAAUUCUUUCAGAAAGCUUCGUGCUGUUUCCUUUGAAGAUGUCGACAUCAGUUUACAGCAAAUCAAAAAGACACCCAAAGACAUGGUCCAGGUAUCUGCCGAGGCAAUCGACCCAUUAUUACAGCUGUGGGUGCGGAGACAACAGGUCUCCUGGAAUCUAGGCUCUUGCCUACAUCAUGAUAACUACUUUGAGUUACCAUGCGAUCCUCUUACUCCUAAGUCCGCGAAUGUGAAGGCUUCGGAAGGCCUGGAGCCACCUUCUCAAAGAGCCAAAGUAUAUGCAGAUGACCUUCAACAAGGAUAUUCCAAGUACUGGGCUACUGUUCAAACAGAUUCGGAGGAGAGUGGGGCUGGAGAUGAUGAGGCCUUACCAAACAAUGUUACCGAUCCGUCAUCCUCAUCUUCUCAUAAUUCUCAGCAUGAACAGUCUGGUUCUUCCGCGAGUGAUAGCAGUACUAAAGGGUGCCCCAGCUUACAGAGAAAUGCCAGUUAUACCACGGCUCAUACUCGUCCUAAUCUUAAUGUGGAGGAGCAGGGCAACUCCAGACCGCAAACAUUCCUUCCCCAAAGGUCUAGGACUGGACCUUUUGACAAUCGUGAUACGUACAAGAUACCGGUACAUAAUUUCGGAGAUUCUUCUCCUAAUGCAUCGUCAAAUACGGAUACAUGGAAGAUACCAUAUAAUGCAAAUCAACCAACGGGAAAACAUCCUAGCUGGCCUUAUUACCCUCCAACCGCUACCCCAUAUCCAUAUCCCAAUUUUUCCCCAAACUAUCCCAUAAACCCUCCUCAUAGAUCAUUCACCCAUCCACCUGGGCCAUACCCCCGCCAGCAUGCCAGCUCGUAUUACCACACAUCUCAGGUACCCUUAUACCCGAGUCAACCCCAGUCAGGAACACUAUCUCACCUUGCUCCACCCACCCGCGACGCCCGUGCUUAUCGUUCUAGACCCCGUGUUUCUUUUGUGGACGAUCAGUACUCCGAUUCAUCAAGCAGCGAGGCAAGCAGGGAGAGGUUACGAAGAGGGGACAAAAUCAAGGAGCGGAGAAGGCAGCGAUCAAAUGGGAAUAAUAAGAAACCCAGGCUUCCGACAAAAAGCUCUAGACGAUCAACGUUCCACAGCGUUUUAGGUACGGGGGCUAUCACGGCAUUUCUUAAAGCAUUGGAAGGAAUUUCGCCCGGAAAUUGGUCCCUUUUCAUGAAAUAA